CAAGGACUCUGGAUGGAAGGGCUAUCCAACGUUAAGUGAAGUCGAGGGUUGAAGCAUACACAUUGACGAAUGGUCGAGGUGAAAUGAUAUACAGCGAUUUCACUAAGCAGUCAGCGUCACAUCUUUAUGUUAGAAUCUAUUUCUUUCAUACAAGAUUGACAAGCGCUGCCGUGACUUGAUUACAACACUCGCGCUCAUUCUCUUCAGCAAGAACGUUAGCGUCAAUAUUUCCUCUUUGGCAGAGUCUAUACCCCGAUAUACGUGCCCAGCCAAAGGAUACGAUGUCUUCCCAUCCCUCAGAAAACAUCCCUCUCGCCCUCUCCACAAACUGGUUUCUCGCAACCCCACCUACGUUCCCUUACCCAGAGCUUCGCGCGCACGCGCCCAUCUCGUCUGCUACAUACACCUGGGAAUACAUCGAGCGCAUUGACCCCGACCCGUCCAACUUGACCACACACCCAGGAGUCCUUAGCCAAGACUGGACCGUAAUCGGGGCAGUGCAAUGGGAACUGGACAUGAGCAUAACCAAAAUUCGCGUGCAAUGGAACACAUCCGACAUCACCAACACCCUUCGCUCCGACAUCAAGCACCUCCCUUCCUCGGCGCACGGACCCAGGGGCAACACCCGGGAACUUACCCGGGAGCAAUUACUCCUCGCCUCUCAAUGGUACGCGCCACACAUCCUCUCCUUCGCGCGCUCUCGUCUCGGCACCACCGUGGCGGACGGGGAAUGCUGGUCGCUCGCGUCGGCGGCCCUACAGCACACUCGGGGCGCGGCUGUGAGGGAAGGGCACGAACCACCGCAGCCCAGCACGGGCCGGGUGCACGGGCAGUUGGUUCUGGACUGGGACGUGUCGUCGCUAGUUCCGGCAGCGGGAAUCCUGCAGGCGGCGGACGUGCGGGCAGGAGACGUCCUGGAGCUCAGCGAUGCGCAUUUUCGACAUAUUAGGGUGCUGUUGGGCGGGCUAGCGAGUGGGGAGGAGAAUGUUCAGGUUGGUGAGCAUACGGCGAUUGUGGAUGCGGUGGAGGGGGAGAAAGUGAGUGUGGUUGAGCAGAAUGCCAGGGUGGAGAGAGAGGUGAGUGUAGGCGCGUAUGAUCUUGGAGAGAUGGUGAAGGGGAGGGUGAGGGUGUUUAGACCAGUGGGAGGGAACGGGACGGAGAAGAUGAGCUUGAACGGGCUAUUGCUAGCCACGGACCAUUUCGUGUUCAAACUCCCCCCCGGCCUGGGUGUCGUUUACUCCGGCGAUUGGCAUGCAGCCAACCCCCGCGAAACCCCAGAUCCCGAGUUCCAAAAACCCCCCCCACAUACCACCCUUUGA